AAUACGUUAACGGCGGGUAUUAUAAAAAUUAGCUUUGGCCUAAGUAAAGAAAUCGUCGCUUUAGGUAUAAUAAAAAUAAAAACGCACUUUAGAAUAAUAACUUUCUAUAUUUUACUUAUUAAUACCCCAUUUCUCUUAUAUUCAAAAGAUAUAAAUUAA